CACACGCCGCACGUUGCCGACGCGACGGACGGAGGUGCGGACGGAGAUGAGUCUGCCGACGACGACGACAGCCUCCGCAACGAUGGAGCAGCUCAACUCGAACCGUGACGCCCUGGCCCUGAUGUCGCAGCACCCGGUGCUGGGCGGGCUGCCGCCGGCCGCCUUCUUCCUCAGGGCGACCGAGCGGUACCAACGCACGCCCAAGUGCGCCCGGUGCCGCAACCACGGGGUCGUGUCGGCCCUCAAGGGCCACAAGCGCUACUGCCGCUGGCGGGACUGUGUCUGCGCCAAAUGCACGCUGAUUGCGGAACGGCAGCGCGUGAUGGCGGCCCAGGUGGCCCUCCGUAGGCAGCAGGCGCAGGAGGAAAACGAGGCUCGCGAGCUCGGCCUCCUCUACCCUCAGCAGCCGCAGCCGCCGAGCACCCCCAGCCCCGGCGAGCCAUCAGCGGCCGCCCCCGCCGCCUCCGGCAACGCGUUCCCCGGCGACCUGAGACGCUCGCCACCCUCGCCGCCGGCCUCUUCCUCCAGUGGAGGAUCAAAGAAAAGGGCGCGAAGCUCAAGCGAAGGGAACACCUCUGAAAGGGUGAAAUUCGAAGAGAACGAGUCGGACGAGGAGCACGGCGUCAACCUUAAGUCAGCCAGUGACCGCGAGUCACCUUUGCCAUGCAGCAAAUCGACCAAAUUGCUGCCAGUUAGUGGAGGAGAAUCAGAGGACUCCUCAGGCGGUGUCGACCGCGCCUCACCUGUGCGCAACUUGAGCGGCCGGGAAUCGAGAAGUCCUUCUCCAGAAAACCUUUGUCUGCCUAAAAACGGUGGGCCAGGGGCCAGUCCUCAGUAUCCUUCGUCGCCAGGCAAGGCUGUCGCCCCUCAAACCACAGGUUUUCCAUCGCCCUCUGCCAUCCAGCAUCAGCAUCUCACGGCCAUGUUUCAUCAACACCAGCAGCAGUAUCAGUCUGCUUUUUUUCUGCACAACUUGCAGCGCUCGCCGAUCGACAUCCUGCUGCGCGUGUUUCCCAACCGCAGGCGCUCGGAGGUGGAAGUGGUGCUGCAGCGGUGCAAGGGUGACAUCCUGCAGGCCAUCGAGAUGCUGACCAACAGCGCCGCCGCCGCCAGUCCGGCGGCCACGGCCGCCGAGCUGCUGCACCCGGCGGUGGCGCCGACGUCGCCCUUCCACGAGGACCUCAAGUCGGCCUUCUCGCCGCUCGCGUUCCCGGCCGGCCUGGCGGCGAUCGCGGCCGCGGCCUCCGGCUCGCCCGGCGGCCACCACCGGUACGGGGCGGCCAACUCGGGCGGCCGGCGCUUUCUGGCCGCGCCCUACUCGGGCACCGGCUACCUGCCCACCAUCAUCCGGCCGCCGCCCGACUUUUCGGCCUACGCGGCCAGCAUCGGGCUGAGCAACAGCGCUCCCUCGCCGCAGCACUCUGUCAUCGAUUACUUCGGCGUCGACGCCAUCGGCGUCAAGGCGGCCGCCUCGCCCGCCUCAAACGCUGGCUCGGACAAGACCUCCUACUCAGACUAGGCACAUUUUUAACAUUUUUUGCAUGUGUACCAUACAGAUAAUUAUGCCAGCGCCCAAGUCUUUUUUACUUUAAUUUAUACACACAAAUAUUUAUUUACUCUCGUGAGUUUUUCUUGGGCCUCAAUAUCCUUUCUCGCAUUUAGGAGUAGCAAUUGCAGUCCUAGAUGAACAAUUAUUAAAUGUAUAAAAUAAAUGUUCAGAAAAUCAGUGAAUGUGAAAAUGUAUGUCUUUAAAAGAGAUGAAAUCUCGCCAAUUAUUCAAUUUCGCAGCCGCAGUUGCUGAAUUAUAGAAGUCAUUUUUGCUAGUAUGAUAAAAAUGGCGUAGCGAACGAUUAUGUACUUGUGUAAAUAAAAAGUCUAUAUAAAGUGUACAUCAAAAUGGAGA